AGGGGGAAAAAGUCAAUUACUGAGACAGAAAUUUAUGGAACUGAAACCUGCAUUUCAGUCUUGAAAAAAUGCCGUGAGAAAUGCAAACAGAAAGUGUUGUGUUUAGAUGGUUAUCGCCUUCUUUCUGCUUCUGUUUGAACAGGUCGACGGCCAGCUAUCGUCUGAAGCACAGAGUGAGCCUCAAAGACAUCUGGCUUUAUGGUUUUGAAGAUGAAGCGGAGGAAGAGGAGGGAAUGGUGGGGGAUAUCAACCUCAGGGUGACCCUCAUCUUGGCCUGGGGUCUCUCCUUUUGUUGGGUGUGUUUUCGCUCGCCUGAGGUGAAAGAACGCUGGUUAGAUACUCUACACAGAAAAAUUAAAGACACAAAAGCGAGAGCUGGUUGUGCUUCCUCCCCUCCAGACGUCCUCAUGAAGGUUUUGAGUGGCAGCAUCCCAACUAAAACUCUAACAGGAGGUGGCAUGGAACAAUUCAUUGAGUUUCCACUUGAGGGCGAUGCAAAGAUCUCCACCGUGGCAAAGCAGCUGCAUAACCAGGAGGACAAGCAGCCCAUUGAAACCAAGUGGAACCUGGUGAGGAAGCUCAGAAAGGGCAAGAGUUUCAUGAACAAAGCAUGCCAAUCCGAUACCGACACCAAGGCCCAGCUGUUUGGACAGCCCCUCUGCAAGAUAUGCCCAGACCAAUGCUCACUUCCAAAACCAGUCACAGAGCUGCUGGUGUUGCUGAGGAAGAGUGGGCCGUCCACAGAGGGAGUGUUUCGGAGACCGUGCAACAACAAGAACAUGAGAGACAUCAGGGAGCAGCUCAACGGCGGCCUGGAGGUGGACUUGGAGAGCCAGCCGGUGGUUCUGCUCGUCGGGCUGCUCAAAAGUUUUCUGAAGGAACUUCCUGGCAGCCUGCUGGUGUCUGAACUUUAUGACAACUGGAUGACGGCUCUUGACAACGAAGACGCUCAGCAGAGAGCCCUGGAAAUCAGAAAGGUGGUAGACGACCUCCCGGCACCCAACAAGCUCCUCCUGCAGCACCUACUCUGCAUCCUCCAUCACAUCCUCGAGAGUGCUGACACCAACAAGAUGGACGCCUACAACCUGGCAGUGUGCAUCGCCCCCACGCUGCUGCAGCUGGACGACAUGCCGCUGGAUGAGCAGAAGGAGAAGAUGAAGAAGGUCACAGAGCUAACUCAGUUCCUGAUCGAGCACUGUGAGAUCCUUGGAGAGAAUAUCCCAAAUCUGCUGGAUACUGAUGCAGACUCGCUGUCCUCUCAGCAUCAUGACUCCGCGUAUGACAGCACCGACCCAGAUGGAGACGGAGAGGUAGGAGAGAGCACCAGCUCCACACAUGGAGAGACGGGGUCCUCUUCCUCUCUCAGUCACAGCUGCACCCCCACCUCUUGGCAAGCUGACGCUAUGUUCAACGCAAAGGCAUCAUUCAACCGUCGCUGCUCUGAGCCCAUCAUCCUCCUCUCCCCUGAUCUGGAGAGCCUCUGCAGCCACUCCAGGAGCCACGACGACUGCUCGGUGGAGAGAAGAGACUUCGAGGAGCAGCCUCUGAAAAAGCAGAUCUCAGACGACUCCUUCUUGCUCAGAGAACGAGGUGGAGCAAGGUCAGUGUUGUCUUUUCCAAGACUGAGCAGCAGCUCCAACAUGGACCCACUGCCCUACAUGGUGGCUAACUGCUCGUGCUCUUCCCUGGAGAGCGCUGCCUCUAAUCAGUCAGAGGGCUCUGUUUUCACCAGCUCCCCUGUGGGGUCGCCAGGCUGCUCCAGGAGAGCAAGCACCACCAGUCAGCCUGAAAUGGCUGCAAAGGCUCAGCAGGACGUUGUAAAACCGAUUACAGAAGAGAAGAGGCGUUCCCAGUCUAUGAGAGUCACCAGUAAAGUCCUAAUGAGGACCAGGAGCUUAGGAGCCUUCAACAGGAGCAGCGUGAAGAGAGACUCUCAGAAAGAAAACUCCUUCCCUUGUGAAACUCUCCAGGAGGACUCUCAGAGUGAAGCAGAUCCUUCGGCUGAGCUUCUGCACAGACCGCGCCCUCUGUCGGCCAUCGAGGUGUUUAAGCAGGUGGACAGCAAGUUGCCCUGCAGGCCUCCAUCAUACCAUCAGGCAGUGCAGGGUGCGGGCCUUCCUCCACAGUAUGGAUCAAUGACUGUACUCGAUGCCAUCAAGCUGGACAGACGCUCCCGUCCGUCCUCUGUGAACUAUGAUCACCCACCCACCUGCUCCGUCAAUCAGUACACAGACUGUUUCUCUCAGGCAGCGCAGGACAUAGCCAACAAUGUCGAGCAGCGACGGCCUUUCCGCCAGAGAGCGAUGUCCGAGUCUGUGUCUGCGGGUCAUCGUGAGGUUGUGUCACGGAGAUGUAGCCAGCCUGUGUUUGAAGAAUUUUCUUACGCCAAGGAGUCUUAUGUUUGACUUUGGAACUGUUUCACAGACUUGAUUGUGGGUGCACAAGCAUUUACCUGAGCUAAAUAUCAGUGGGCAAAGCUGAGAACCAGUUUUCAAACUGCAAGUUAGCAACCUGCCAAGCCAAGACAUUCAUGAUGGAGGCGAGGGCUGACUUUGUAUCUCAGACUUUAUAUGGCUGGAUUUUGUGUGUGCUUUUUUUUGUAGCAAGAGUGCUUGGCUUCAUUAUAGCAGCCACUUCCUCACUUACUCUUUCCCCUUUCAUUGUUCUUUGCCUGGUUCUACAGAGACACUGUGUUUCUGAUGCUUUGCCCACUGAGCAGCUGUGUUGGAAAAAUGCUUGUAAAUGUACAUAAGGUCCAGUGUGUACAUUUUUAACUGUUUCACUUUGAAUGAAUGUCAGCUAUGUGCCGCCUCUACGGUUGCACUUUCUCAGUAGUACUAUUUAGAGUACAACAUUAAAAGAUAUAUAGUUAUUAUGAUAGAUGUCUAUCACAAUGAAGCUAUGAAAACACAGUGCACUGUGGAUGAAAUAUGCUAUGAGUUUUUAUUUUCUAUGUUUUUGUCAAGAUAUGUACAGUAUAGUUUGUUAAGCACAUUGUUUUGCUUUUUGUAAGUCCUCUUCACCUUGCAUGGUCUUUCUCUUCCACUACAUUAAAGCACUUUUCUGAUGAUAGACUGUUCUGUAUGCUAAAAUGUAAAUACAAUUGUAUAGAUAUAGAAAGUUAACCUGUGUUCGAGUUGUGUUCCAGAGUCAUGUAACUCCACCAUGAAUGGUUUUAGAUAAAAUGGAAGACAAAUAACACAAUAAACGAAAACAGCAAACUAAA